UUUUAUUUGCACGGCUAUAAUAAUAUAGAUGAUUUAUCCUGGACUCAACACACACUCCGUCAGCCAUGUGUUUAUACAGGGUCAUAAAGAAGUUGCCGAGUGGGAUAAAUUAGUUGUACAGCAAUGAGGUUCUGUCAGCUUGUGCUUGGCCCUGCAGGGUCAGGCAAGUCUACAUACUGUGCAGCGCUACAGAGGCACGCUGAGACCAUCAACAGAAGUAUGCACAUAGUCAACCUUGACCCAGCGGCUGAAGCAUUCACAUAUGAACCAAUUGUGGAUGUCCGAGACCUGAUACAAGUGGACGACGUGAUGCAGGCUGAUGACAUGGAUUUUGGCCCCAAUGGUGGGCUGGUGUUUUGUAUGGAGUAUCUUGUGGAACUCGACGGCUUAGACUGGUUGAAGGAGCAACUCGGAGAUUACGAUGAUGACUGUAUAUUGUUUGACUGUCCCGGUCAGAUAGAACUAUACACACAUAUGGAUGUCAUGAAGAGACUGGUGUACCAUCUUCAAUCUAUGGACUUCAGAGUGUGUGCUGUGUUUGUGCUAGAUUCUGUUUACAUGGUUGACUCUGCAAAAUUCCUCUCAGGAUCCCUGGCAGCCCUGGCGACCAUGGUGCAACUGGAGGUCCCACAUAUAAACAUUUUGACAAAGAUGGACCUCUUGAACAAAUCAGCUCGUGAACAACUGGAGAUGUUUUUGGAACCAGAGAUCCACGAGCUGCUGGCAUCUGAACACAGUGUAUCCAGGUUUAAUAAAAGAUACCACAAAUUAACCUCUGCCCUGGGACAAGUUCUUGAAGACUUCUCUCUUGUGCGAUAUGUGCCUCUGAAUAUCAACAGUGAAGAAUCUCUUAUGGAUGUAUUAAUCCAGACGGACUUUGCCGUACAGUAUGGAGAAGAUCAAGACGUCAAGACCCAGGACUUUGAAUACCCAGAUGCUGAAGAUGAAGAACAAGAACCCAGUUUCAAUUUUUGAAGUACAUUAUUAGGAUUUACAUUGUAUUUUUUAUAAAACAAAAUUAUCUGAAGA